UCCCAAUUUGGCAUCCUAAGCUAUACGUGAAAAUAAGCUAUUUAUAGAUAAGAUUGUAGAGAAGGGCUUAAGGGUAUAAGGGUGCAGCGCGAGAGAGUGGAGAGUGGAGAGUGAAGAGUGAAGAAUAAGAAUGAGAAUAGAGAGAGAGGAGCAGAAGAGCAUAGAAAAUGAGAGAUCCCCACUUCACAGCUCAGCUUCAGUUCCAUUUCGUUGGGAAGAAGAGCCAGGAAAGCCAUGGCCAUGCAGUGCCCUCAUUUCCUUCUCCAACGUUAACCCCCCUAAGUCCUUGGAACUCCCUCCCAGGUUGCUCUUCAAAAUGACUUCCAACUGCUACGCCUCUCAAACCAAACCACCAGGGGCUGCCUCCUUUGCUUCUUGGACCAAAAACAUCUUCAAACUCAACAAAAGACACAUCAACCCUUCUUCCACCCUCUACCAUACCAACACUCCCUUCUGCUUCUGGACGAGUAUUUGUGAUGGCUUCAAGCAGGUGGUUCCUUGGAAGAGUAAAAAACUGAAGCAAGAUGGGAGUGGCAUUAGCCUCUAAUUUUAUUUUUCUGGGCACCGUCGUCUGGUGAAAAAUAAAUUAUUAUCGCCAAGCUAUCUGUACCAUGUUUACUUUGUGACAUCCUAAUUUAUCCCGUGAAAGUUGUACAUGAUAUGUAGUUCAUGUUCAUGCAUUGCUUACUGCUUAAUUAAUUGAAGUUGACAUGAUGUUAUUGUUACAGUCA